CCGUUCUGGUGCCAGGAACUGGGGAGUAAAGUAGAGAGGAAAGGAGGAAACCUGGAGAGGAUGAGAGAUUGCUGCUAAACAUCAAGAAUCAUAUUGGAUAGAUAUUCUAUCGUCUAGGUAUGGCUGCAAAGACAGAGCAGUGAGAGUGGACGUUUUUCUGACAUGUUGGUUGGCCGAUGUACAGCGACAUAACUAGCUGGUCCUGGAUUCGCCCAUCGAAGUUUUGGCUGAAGAAGUGUUACAGCGGUACGGCUAGCCUUUAACGUUAUCACCGGGCUGUCUUCUACUUCUGACACAGCCCUACACAACAAACAUGGUGUCCUGGAUGAUUUCGAGAACCGUUGUGCUGUUCUUUGGGACUCUGUAUCCUGCAUACUACUCUUACAAAGCUGUCAAGACCAAAAAUGUUAAGGAAUAUGUGCGAUGGAUGAUGUACUGGAUCGUGUUUGCCCUCUACACUGUGGUGGAGACCAUCACUGACCUCACGCUGGCAUGGUUUCCUCUGUACUACGAGCUGAAGAUAGCAUUUGUGAUCUGGCUGCUGUCCCCCUACACCAGAGGAGCAAGUCUCAUUUACAGGAAGUGUCUGCACCCUCUGCUGUCUUCUAGAGAGAGGGAAAUAGAUGAAUACAUUGUGCAGGCCAAAGAGAGGAGCUAUGAGACUAUGGUCAAUUUUGGCAAGCAGGGACUGAGCAUCGCAGCCACCGCCGCUGUCACUGCAGCUGUCAAGGGUCAGGGUGCCAUCACAGAGAAGCUGCGUAGCCUGAGUAUGCACGACCUCACACAGAUAAGCCAGCAGGAUGACGGGGGGAACCAACUUUACCAGUACAGCUCCCACUCAGCCAACCCCGCCAUCAGGAGAUCUCAGAGCACUGACGCUGCCGAUGGAACUGACUACUAUUAUGACCAGGAGGAGAGGACUGAUGAAGAGGCUGAGCCAACCUUCUCUGAAGACGAGGCUGUUACUCAGAAAGGACUGAGACGAUCACAGAGUGUCAAGAUCACACGAUCCAGAGUCCGCAAAGAUGCUCGUUAUGGAUCCCUGAAGAUUAAAGGCAAGAAGAGACCAGCACUGAGCUCUGUUAACUAUGGAAUUUGAACAGAAUACAGGAGACAUACACACACACACACACACACACACACACACACACACACACACACACAAACUCUCAGCAGCAGAGCAGUGUUCUGAUUGGUGGAUGGUAUUCCAGCUCUUCUCAGUCUGACUUGUCACUCUGCUGAACUCUUUGAUGUCUUUGAUGAUGAGCUUUCUUCUGACAUAUUUAUUACUUCACUCAUCCAAAACCAGUAACUGUUGGUGAACCUUCACUCUGAGGACUUCGAUGUGUUUCUUUGGGUUGAUGAUUGCGUACAUAAUGUGUUUUUUUGCAUGGACUUGUGUUUUUCAUGUGUUGUUCAUUAGAAUAGUAGUUUUUAGGUGUGAUGUUAUAUAUGUGUAGUCUUUUAGAUUUUAGAUCCAUCACUCAACUUGAGUCUUUUCAUUUAAUGUCAUACAAGAUUUGUGGUGCCACUUCCCAGUAAGGCAUUCUUUAGAAAGAGUUCAUAAACUGCAAUUAAUGGCUAACUUAAUAAUUUAACGCUUAAUAGCACAGCUAUAAGCCAUUAAUAAGAACAACUUUGGAUUACUGGGGUGUGAUUCCUUACUUAUUAUUAUUCCUUAUUCUCCUCCACCUCUUAAUUUGUCUUUUUAGCACUUUAGUUUGUCAGGGAGACUCACCCAACAUCUGCACCAAAACAGGAUUCAUUUACAACUGUUGAUUAUUAGAAAGUGAGACCUUUAAGCCCUCAUUAAAGCUGCAUUCAUUUACAUUUUGGGCACUUGGGGCCAAAAUGUAAAUGAAUAGCACAAGCUAUUGUAAAUGAAUAGCACAAGCUAUAAAGCCAGAGUUAUCACCUUUUAUUAAGUUGUUGUGGCAAACAUGUUGGCAAACAGUUGCUUAUUUACGUAUCCAGCAGACACAGAAUGUAAGUCCAAUAUUCAGUCUCCUCAUAGCUCACUUCACACAUGGAUCGAUUGUUUAUGUACACGACUAUGCAACUAGAAAUAACUCAUUCUUCCUGUGGAUUUUUGCCUCACAUUAGUGAGAAUCUCAAUUACAUCUUAAUGCUGAUAGGCAUUAGGAACACAGUGGCACACGAAUUUCUGCUGCAACUUGAAGUAUUGCGUGUGUUUGUGUCAUUUGCGUUGCGUCAUUUAUGUCUCCUGGUUCAAAUUUGCGGCAGUUCACGACUUUAUAUUGACUUAGCAUGACAUAGGUGUGAACAAACCAUUACAAAUGAAGAGCUGACUUUACACACAGCAACACAGCACACUUGUCUAGUUCAGUGCACUCAGGAAUUUUGCCGCUGCAGCCUUACUUGGUCUAACAGUGACUUAUGGUGGCUAAUGUCAGCAAAUUUGUGGGGCUUUUUGUGGGGUUUGAACCUCCACCAGCUCAGCAGUCCCCCUAAACUCUACAGAGCUUUUUUUGUGUGUGUGUGUCUUUUCGCUCAUUGUUUUGGCCCUCAACAUAAAGGUCUUGGUUCAGUGGAAAAACCUCUAAACCUCCAAUACACUAGGUGCUCAGCACCAAACAGAUGAUGUUUCAUCACAAUAAGAUAUUAUAUUGAUUCUUUUAGGGAUGCACGAUAUUGGAUUUUUUGCCAAUAUCCGAUAUACCUAUACAUAACUUAUUUGGCCAAUAACCGAUGAAUACUCGAUAGCGAUACCCAUAUAUCCACUAUUUCCACCAUGUAAUUUUAGUGAUCAUCAAGUGUCUUCUGUUUUGGAAUCAACAUUAUAUUAUACAUGCAUGCUGUUAUCAUGAUGGCCCACCAGCAGAUGGAGACAUGAAAUAAACUGCUUUUCAAUGUUUGUAAUAUUCAGUCAUUGUGCAAAAUAAGAAAAAGCAUGUUGGCUGUUUCCGAUAUGUCAUUACAGGCAGAUAUCAGCCAGUACCGAUGACGUGCAUCCUUAGAUUCUUUGGACAACGUGAUAUUUGCUGAUAUCACAAAGUCUGCCGUGAUACAAAUUCGAUUUGGUGCACUUCAGGGGCCUGUGAUCGAUGUCAGUAAAUAUCCUCUGUCUUUUUCUUGGCUGCUUACCAUUAUCUGCUUGUUGCUAGGCUGCUAGCACUGUUAGAAUAUUUCGGAAGGAGGUGCGCUCGGAUGGAAAUGGUGACACAGUGUGUCAUAGGAAUUUUAAAAUAAAGGCAUAUCUUAAAGGUGACAAUACAUACUGAUGUUUUCACUUUGCAUCCAUGAUACUGGAUUAUUAAUAAUUUAAUCGAUUUAUUAGUCCAGAUCGAUGUGUCUGUCUUUACACCUCUAAAUGGCAGACAGACUUUAUGAAUAACCAGUGUGGAAAGUGAAUAUUGGACUUUAUCAGCUUUAAUGAUUUACCAACAAUUUUAACUGUAAACAUGAUACAAAGAUAACAAGAUAUUUAGCAAGCUAGCAAUCCAAAAGUUGUGUAGAUUAAUGGCUCAUAAGUGACCCGUUAAACCUUAAAUAAUUUUAUUUCCCAUUUAGUAAGCUAUUAGUUUCAGCUUAAAAACCCUUUACAAAGAGUACUUUCUUGAAACGUCGCUUCUGCUGCCUUUCAGGUGUUUUAUCAAUGAGGAGCUUGUUCCUAGUUGAUCCUUUGAUACUAGUAUUGGAGUCCAUUAACUUCUGUGUGGCUCAAUGUACUAAUGAAGACUAUUUGUUUUUACCCUGAGGGACACAUGUAGACACAUGCAACAUUCCCUGUCACAGUGGUGACAGUAUGAGAGCCCUGAAUCGCAGCAGCUCUGACAUGAACAUUUGAACUUAAGGAGAGAGUGGCGGUGAAUGAAUCGGAUGUGGAACUGAGCCUGUCUGAGUGAAACUCACCUGAACACCAGCAGAUGAACACUAUCUCUUAUCCCUGUCAGAGAGGGGAGACUGAACACCAGUGAAGUAAGACAGAAAGGGAAGAGAGAACCAAAUGAAACAAAAUGAUCCUUUCAGGUUUCUCUGUUAAACUGUCAGCCUUUACAAAGGCCCUCAACUCCCCACUCACUAUUAAUGAUGAUAUGUAAUUUUUCUGCUUUACGUACACUCGUAUUUUUAUAUGGCUGUGUCCUGAUCACACCUCUGGUUGUAAAUUUCUCGCUGUAUUUCUUAGUAUCAGUGAAGAUUAGCUUUUUAAAUGUUUAUUUGAGUGUUUUGUGUUGUAACCACCUGUUUUUGCACAUAUGCCUCCUCCCCAACCCUUUUUAUCAAUGCUGUUGUUGCUUGUCAUCUCAUUUUAUAAUGUACAUUGCUGUAGGAGGAUGCAGCACACAGUGAGCUUAACCAUUCUGGGUGAUGGAUGCUAAUACUAACGGCCUCUCGUGACAUUUUAAAGUUUGGCUUGUUUUUGUCUGGUACCACAGUCGAUGGUCCAAUGCUGAAAAGCUGUAGCUGAAGUUCCCUCCACAGUUGCUGUUAUAGAGAGUUGAGAUCAGUGAUAUAACAGCCUGUUUAUGCGCUUCUGAUUCAGCAGUGACCAUUCAGGCCAUGCUGGCAUGGUAAGAAUGGUUUUCCACAGCAGAGAACAGCAAGACAUCGCCUUGAUGACGUGUUGGAGGUGUGUUGGUUCACACAAACUACAGCACCAGCCUGUUAUCUGCAGAGCUCAUUUACUGUUUACUCUUUACACUAUUCUUUCCUGCAAUAUUUCACUCUGCACAUUGCCUCCAUUUUGACCGCACUCACCAUCACUGUCAUCAAAACAUCAACUGAGGGAAUAGUUAAAAGUUAGAAGAAAAUUACCUGAAAAUUAGCAAGAAAAGAAAGGUAAAAAAAACAAAAGUGAACAACAAAAAAGGGGCUAAAAAUUGAAAAAUACAUACGUAUAUGUAUUUCAUAACAUAAGUUUGAAUAUAUAAUUAGUAUAAUCAUAAAUUUAGUUUUUCUGGACAUUUAUUCAUUCAUUUUCCAAAACCGCUCAGCCUGUUUUUCUGGACAUUUUCCCUACUUUUUAAAAAUUAUUUUCUGUCUUUCUCUACUUUUAAUAAUUGAUUUUUAGUUCAGUUUUCAUUUCAGGUUCUACUAAUUUCUUGCUCAUUGUCAUUUUUCCCCAUGUUUUUGAGAGAAAAAUCUAACUCAUUUGCUCAGGUUUCAAAGCUUUAAAUGCUUAUGAAAGGCGUCUGAAUGCAGCACAAGAAAACUGAUGUUGAUCCAGGUUUCAAAGGGUUAACAGAGCUGUGCGUUUGUCUGUGUUGGAGUAUAUCAAUAACAAGCCAAACUUUCUUGUGUCAUGAGUUCCAUUUAAUGCUCAUAACUGAAUAAUGAUACCAAAGCUUCAUGUACUGACCCGGAGCUGUGUGACUGUGUUUUUUUUUUUAUCUGUGUGGGGAAAAUGUCUGGUGUGUGUGGAUUGUAAAUGCAAUACAAUAAAGGCUGUCCAAAUACAGUAAGGGCAACAAGUCAA